AUGUCUGCCCCAGAGACCGCCGCUCCCGUUGCCCCCGUCGAGGAUAAGAAGCCCGAGACAACUCCCGCCCCAGAGGCUACCCCCGCCGCCGAGGCCGCCAAGGUUGAAGAACCGGCCGUCGAAGCCCCAAAGGCCGAAGAGCCCAAGGCUGAGGAAACCCCCGCUACCGAGCCCGCUACCACCACGGAGACUCCCGCCGCUGAGGAGGCCGCUGAGCCUGCAAAGGACGAGGCCAAACCAGCUGAGGAGACCUCCAAGGAGGAGCGUCCCAAGAGCCCUGGCUUCCUCGCCAAGCUCCUUGCUCCGUUCAAGGGCGACAAGAAGGUGAAGGCCCCCAAGAGCCCCAAGAAGGAGAAGAAGAAGGAAGUCGAGGCCGAAGCCGCCGCUCCUGCUACUGAGGAGGCUGCUGAGCCUGCUCCAGAGGCCCCUGCUGAGGAGACCGCGGAGCCUGCGAAGACUGAGGAAGCUCCUGCCGCUGAGCCAGUGAAGGAGACCGAGACGGCCGAGGCCCCUGCGGCUGCCGAACCCGCUGCUGAGGAACCUAAAGAAGAGAAGAAGGAGGAGAAGAAGGAAGAGAAGAAGGCUCCCAAGGUUGGCCGCCGUCUCUCCGCUCGUGUCACCGACCUCUUCAAGUCAACGAAAAAGCAUGAGGUGACGCCCCCUGCUAAGGUUGAUGAGAACCCCCCAAAGAUCGAUGAGCCCACACCUGUUGCACCGUUGGAAAACCCCGCCUCUGAGUCUGCUGCUGAGACACCCGCUGCUCCGGCCGAGACACCUGCUCCCGCCAAGGAGGAGGAGCCUUCAAAGCCGGUUGAAGCUGCGCCUCCAGCAGCACCCGUCGUUGCCGCCGCCGCAUAA